AUGUCGUCGUCGACUUUGCUAGACCUCGACCGGCCGUCGACUUCUUCUACCAACACCAACACCACCACCACCACCACCUUCAGCAAUCUUGAUGUCGCCAACUUGCGCAACGUCAACGGCUCGACGAAACCUGCAGCUAUGGCGCCCUCGGCCGUAGAUCUACUGCUGCUCACCUACAACUGUGCAAAGACCUUGGUGAACGCCAACAUCUUUGCGAACCACGUGCACACCGCGUUGACCAACCAUGCCACCACCUUGCCCGAUAUUGUGGUUUUUUCCAUCCAGGAAAUCGCACCACUGAGCACAUCCUUCACAGGACGACUCGACGACUACUAUGCCCGACUCGAGCGUGCUCUUAAUCUUGCUGCCCAAAGACACGAGCAAAACGGCGCCGCUUCAUGGGAAGAACCUCUAAUCUCUGUAGCGCAAACAAAUUCUGUUACGGAGUCUGCCAAGCCUCAAGAUCGCCCGUAUACGAUUGUCGACAAGCGCAACGUCGGCUAUACUGCCAUCCUAGUCUUCACCAGGGACCCCGAGAGAAUACGGGAUGUGCAACAUGGCGAUGUGGGCUUCGGAGCUGCUGAAAUGGGCAACAAGGGUGCCGUGAGCGUACGAAUCCUUUACGACGUCGACGGCACUGGGGCUGCAUCGACCGAAAUGACCUUUGUAGCCACGCAUUUGGCCGCAAUGGAGUGGAAUUUGGCUAGGCGCAAUGCGAACUGGGCAGCCAUAAUGCAGAGGUUGACGUUUAGUAAUCCUGAAGCCAUCUUGGACAGGCUCAGAGGACCUGAGGGAACGCCGCCGCCUACACCUCACCAGUCAGAUGAUGACAGCGACGCCAGCACCGAAAGACAUCGCUUGCUGCAUGAGACGCAUCACGAGGAACAUCUUCAAGUCCGACGGGCCAUGCACAACAUUUCCGUCUUCAAGCCGUCGUCGCACCUAUUCGUUUUGGGCGACCUCAACUAUAGAAUAUCGACUUCUUCUCCACCACCUAACGCAGUGUUUCCAAGCCUAGAUCCCGAUUCCGAAAACUACUAUCCGACUUUCCUACCCUUCGACCAGCUUACGCGCGAGCGGCACGCAGGACGAACCAUGCACGGGUUGACAGAGCAUGAAAUCCGCUUUCCCCCAACAUACAAAUACGACGUACUACCAAAGGAAUCUCCCGUAGCAGACGAAGACGAGUUAGAAGUUCCGUGGAAAUUCGCACCACAUAGAUACCCCAGCUGGACGGACCGCAUUCUGUACCUCGAUCUCCCUCCGUGGGUAAAGUCGCGAAGCGACAGUCCCAAGAUGCGAGUCCUUGCCUACGAUGCUCUCCCACUCCUAAGAAACAGCGACCACCGGCCAGUCUAUCUUAGAAUGCAGGUGCCUCUCAUCGCACCAAAAGAUCUCUCUCCUCCAGCAUCAAUAGAGCAGAACCCCGACAUCGAAAGUAUCAAAGACCCAAGAGUACGACUACCCGUUGAAAUCGACCCAGAGGCAUGGUCACGGCGCCACGCUGCCCGCCAGAAGGAACUAGUUACGGGGUGGAGUGCAUUCUUGUGGACUACCAAGGAGGGGGCGUGGAUUCUGACAACCAUGCUGGCGGUUGGGUUGACCACCUGGUGGUUGUAUAAGACGGGGUGA